GGCGUUUCCGUUGGCGAGCGACAUCCGUUGGCGGCGUUUCCGGGUCCCUUUGUCUUUGGCGCCGCGGCCGGGCUGGGCAGUGGGCGAGAGGGUCUCCACGUCGUCUUGGAGGGGGAAGAAGCCCCCCGGAGCCUCGCCCCGGAGAGAAGAAGAAGAGGCCUCUUGGGAAACAGGAAAGAAAGCCGUCAUACUUUUCAAAAUGGCACAGUUCAAACGCCAGAAGCAGUUGAGAGCCAGCAAUCUUCAGGGAGCCAGAUCAUUCUCAGGAUCCCAGCCAGCCUCUUUAUUGGGACCAGCACCUGGCCUAUUAAACCCUCCUAUCUCAGCAGAUAUUAUUCAGGCAACACGUCAUCUUCAGGGGGGAGAGAAGCAACGCGUUUUUACUGGUAUUGUCACCAGUCUCCAUGAUUACUUUGGAGUGGUGGAUGAUGAAGUUUUCUUCCAGUUAAGCACUGUCAAAGGCCGAAUCCCGCAGAUUGGUGAAAAGGUGUUGGUGAAAGCUGUUUAUAAUCCUAGCCAAUCAGUACCAUGGAAUGCCCUGAAGGUCCAGACAUUAUCCAAUCAGCCUCUUCUGAAGCCUCCCACCCCGCUGCUCCACGUGGCUUCGUUGGGACAGAAGCAAGGCAUCUUGGGAGCCCAGCCCCAGCUGCUGUUUCAGCCUCACCGAAUCCCUCCCCUCUUUCCCCAGAAGCCAAUGAGCCUCUUCCAGACAUCGCCAUCCCUCCAUUUGGGUCACCCUGGGAGAUACCCUGGCCGGGGUCCAAAGGGCAGGCAAGACACGGGCAGGUGGGAUGACUUUGAUUCCAAGAAGCGAAAGCAGAAAGGGAAUGAGCCGUGGGGAGUGAAAAGGCCCCGGCACGAACCACCGCAGUACCGGGUCCAGUUGGCUUGUUACAGUCUAAACAGCCCCUCCUGCGAUGCAAUGGAAAUCUUACGGCGUUACUGCACCAUCCAGUUGCCCAAGGAGUUCUAUGACGUCCGCCUCUCCUGGCUGGAUACCUUCCCGAUCACCCAGCCCCUGACCCUCCGCCAUCCCAGCCGCAUCCAGCUGGCCAGCCCAGCAGAAGAAGCCCCUCCGGCCAAAGAGAGCCCUGCUUUGGAUUCCCAGCCAGAAGACACCAACUCUUCUUUCAGUGCUAAGGUCUUGCUGUUGUCUUCUCCGGGCCUAGAAGAAUUCUACCGCCAUUGCUUGCAGUCUAUUGAUGAUCCCAGUGACCAGAGGGAGAUUCCUGAGCACCCAGCAAAGCAAAUUAAGUUCUUGCUGGGAAAGAAAGCGGACGAAACGGUGCUGAUAGGAGGGGAGUGGUCCCCUUCUCUGGAUGGCCCCGACCCAGCAGCAGACUCCAAGGUCCUCAUUCGCACGGCCAUCCGUUGCACGAAGGCUCAGACUGGUUUGGACCUGACAGGCUGCACAAAAUGGCUCCGGUUUGCUGAGUUCAGAUACUUGCGUGAAGGAAACCCAUCUCAUCAGGAGCAGACCGUGGUCUUCCUGCCGGAUGUCUGGAGCUGCAUGCCAUCUCUGGAGGAAUGGGAGGCUUCAUGCAAACAGAAAGCAGAGAAAACGCCCCCUCCUCCUGCCCCACCACAAGAAGAGGCAGCAGGGAUGGAAGAAGAAGCUGAGCAAUCUUCUGAAACAGGUCUCAAGCAGGAGAUGGAAACCAGUGAACAGGAAGUCGAGGCAGCUGAACCUGUUCCGGAGCCAGGUGUUGAGAGCGCCACCUCCCCUCCGCUAGAGCCUGCCAUCAUUGCAACCCCACAGCCAGCACUGCAGGGGGGUCAGCCCAGCUGCGCCAACCUCUCCCUUUGCACCUUGCUGGAGUACAGGAGGCAGCGGGAGAAGCUCUCCUUCGAGGUGGCCGUGGUGGCUGAGUUCUUCCAGGAGAUGCUGCAACGGGAUUUUGGCUACAAGCUCUACCGCGCGUUGGUAGCCCUGCCGGAGAAGGAGGAGCCACUGGAGGCCAAGAAUCCCGAGGCCGAGAAAACGGCAGAGUCCGAGAAGGAGGGAGAAAGCGAAGCCAGAGAAGACCCUCUGGAGAAACCCGAGUCUGAGGAAGCAGCAGAGAGCGACCAGAAGGACGCUCAGAAAGAGGAGGAGGCUGCGGAUGCUGAAAAGAAGCCGGUGGGUCAGGACGGGCCGAAUGUGGCCAAGGAGGAGAAAGUUGGCGGGAAGGCGAAAUCGGAGCCCAAGGAUUCCACCGAGGACCUCUGUGAACUGAGCCUCGAGGAUGACCUGCUGCUGCUCAGAGAAGACGAGGAGGAGGAUUUCGGUGUCAAACUGGAAGAUGCUGAAGUGAGAUCGGUCGCAUCCAAUCAGUCCGAAAUGGAGUUCUCCUCACUUCACGAUGUGUCCAGAGGGCUGGACCCAAGCGCCGUGUUACCGCUGGAUGCCCUCCUUGCCUUCGUUUAUUUUGACCUGAACGGCUGCGGUUACCUGCAUCGGAAGGAUAUAGAGAAGAUCCUUCUUACCUUGGGUCUGCACCUCUGCAAAGAACAGGUGAAGCGCAUGGUCAACCGAGUGGCGACGCAGUUCGUGUGCCGUUACCGCAGCCUCCGCUACAGCCGGCAAGAAGGGGCCGAGUCGGGCCCCAACGAGGAGCCUUUAGGGAACCUCCCGCUGCUGCCUCCUCCUCCUCCCUCUUCUGCAACUGCCGCUCCGACCAAAUCCGUCUCAGGAUCUCAGUCUGGCGACCUGGUCGUGCACAACGGCGCCGUCCUCAACGUGGGCAAACUGCUGGAGAAGGCCGAGCAGACAGAAAGCAGCCGCCUCUACCUGGAGACCAAAAUCCACACACUGGAACUCAAACUGGAAGAGACCCAGCUUCGUUUCUCCUCCUCGGAGGCCUCCAACAAGGCGCUCACCUUGGAAGUGCAAGAGCUUCAGAAGCGCCUCGCCGAGAUGGAGGAGCAGUCGAAAGGGACCGAGAGGCAAAGAAACAAUUUUCAGAGGUUGCUGCAAGAGAACAAGAAGCGUCUGGCUCCUCUGCAGCUGGAAAUCCAGAAGAUCAUUGAGAAGACCAAUACCUGCUUAGAGAAGAAGGAGCCGGCACCGACGGCAGCCUCCAGCAACUGAUGUUCCUGGGAGGAGUAGCAGCUCAGCAGGGAGGGUCUGUCUCCUGGUUUGAUAUUUGGGGCUGUGGGUUUAGCGGCCUCGGAGACCUCCAACCCUUUUCACUGCCACGUGAAAAGCCAGGGCUGGGCUUUGUGCCAAGCCGCCAAUGCCAAUGCCGCCAAUGCCGCCAUUGCCACCACCAUUGGGGAAAGGCCCACCUCCUCCCCUCAGCCUGGCUGGGAUUCACAGUUCAUAUGCCGGAGCCACCCAUUAUUAUUAUUUUUAUGUUUUCUUCAAGGAUGCCCUUUAGGUAGGAGGUUUGAUGGUUCAUUUGUGUGAGUGGAGAAGCGGCAGUUUAGGUCUUCUCCGGCCGUCUGCCACCAGAAAAGGAAACUUGAGCCUGGGCAGCCGAUGCCAAGGGCUGCGUACCCUCGGGUGCAGAGCAAACUGAGUUUCACCCUCUGCUGAAGCCCAUUAAGGAGCCAGCAGCAGAAAGAAUUGAUUACAAUGCUGUCGGCAGAUUUUUCAAGUUUGAUCAUUUUCAGUUCACCUCCUUUGCUAAUAGUUUCCUCAUCCUGGGCCUCGGCUGCCUCUCUGUGCUGCAUGGAGACUCUCCCCCCCCCCCCCUUUCAUUCAUGCUUCCCUUCUGUUUCCCCCCCCCCCCCCCACUUUUGAGUAGAAGAUGGUUCUGGAAGGCUGCAAAGGAAGUCCUCAAACUGGGCGGGAUGGCAAACCUUGGAAUCAGCAGUGUAGGUCCUGCCUGUGCUCCCUCUCUCUGUAUUCAAUGCCACAGCCCAGUUUGCAGUACGGGUGAGUCUCCACCUCCAUGCACCCGGUUGUAGCAUUUGGGCCUUUCCGGCAUCUUAAAACCACUCAUUUGCCAGAUGUAGCUUCAAUGGCUCCGCACCCCGCUGUGUGUCGUGUUAGCCUUCACAUUUCAGUGAGAUCCGUGGCCACCAGGCAUGGGCUUUGAGGGCCCUGGCUAAGGAGGCCUUGCCUUCCAUUUGGGGGAAGCGAGUCACAGUAGCUGUGGGAGGGUGGUGGUCGGUUGCCCAAGGGGUCCCUGUGGUAGUCUUUAGCAGAAUGAGCCGGUGGGGUCGUGGAAGGAAGCAGCGGCUGGCCUUGGGCCACCUUCUCGCCGGAGGGAGUGCUUGGUUGUCUCUGCCCUGGCCGCCUGCUGCUCGCCCACCUCAGGUGGUCUGUCACUUCUGGAUGUGUUGCUUUUAGUCUGUAAACGUGGUAACAACUUGUAUUUAACUGGCCAGGUUCCCUUUUAUAAAAGUCUCUCUUCCUCAGUUGGAAA